GAUUCCGCAUCGUAACGCACUUCGAAUUCCCUAGAAGCAAGUGAAAGUAGAAAAACCCUAGGUCUCUCUCUUUCUCGCAUCUCCUUUCAGACAAGUAUUUUUGCUUAACGCCGCGUCGGAAAAGCCGCUGCUAAAGUUCUGAUACUUGCUAGCAACUUAGUGUCAUCCUGUGUGAGGGUAGAGUUUAAUCAGUUGUGCAUCGUCCCGUCGGGGUUGGGCUUCAUAAUCAGAUCCAGAUACAACUAUGUCUGGCAACUCAAAAUGCAGUGUUUACAUAGGCAAUCUAGAUGAGAGGGUGACAGACAGGGUCUUGUAUGAUAUAUUAAUUCAAGCUGGACGAGUGGUAGACUUGCACAUUCCUAAAGAUAAGGAAUCAGAGAAACCAAAAGGUUUUGCCUUCGCAGAAUAUGAAACAGAGGAGAUUGCAGACUAUGCUGUCCAGCUUUUCUCGGGCCUUGUAACACUCUACAACAGAACACUUAAGUUUGCGAUAUCUGGGAGAGACAAAAAUAGCUCUAAUGGUUCUACAGCAAUUACCCCAACAUCAAAUUCUUCUCAAAAACCAAGGCCUUACCCAGUGCCAAUAAAUAAUUCAGAAAAUUUUCAGCACCAUGCUAGGCUAUCAACAUCUGACCGAUUUUCUGAUUAUGCAGCAAAUUAUUCUCAAGUUCCUCCUUCUCGUGUAACUGACCUACCUAGUGGGUAUGGAUCUCACUAUAGUGGCAACAAUUAUGAAUCCAGCAGGAGAGCAUUGGGGGCACCAUCAGAUAGCAUUAGCCGUUCUAGGUCACGUCGCAUUAAUAGAAGUAGCCCAGUCUCUUACCCAUCUUACUAAUAUUUUCAGAAGAUCCAUGACAAAUUAAACUUUCAGUAAAUAUUAAUCACAAGCAUUAAUAGAAUGUAAAUGGGAAAUAUUCAAUAUCUAGUGGAAAGCAUGUGCUUCAAGCAAUGCCAUUGUUGUAGGUAUACCUAUGUACCUCAAUCACCAGGUGGGUUAGUGUUUAUGAACUUGAUGAUUGUAGUUUACUUAUUAGUGAAGAAGGCUUCCUAAUUACUUCUGUAGGUUAAACUCAAAUUUAAGUACAGAACUUUUUUCACUUGCAUUUCUUCCGCUUUGGUUUUAGUGUGAUGUGGUUUCUCCAUGCGAAUGAUCCUUUUGGCCCAUGUGCAAAACUAUUUAACAUUUCACAAUGUUACGGGUUGACAGAUUUAAAUAAAUUCAUGUGGUAUUGUUUCCCAGAUCAAUGUUGAAUGAACGGAUAUGAUCGGGCUGUCGCUUUGUUUUCCUUUAUGACAAUGAAAUUUAUUCCAUUGUAAUUUUGUUCAUGUGUAAAACAGCAAGUACAAAGCAAUUCGGAAACCAAACAUAUUGCUGUGAUGGAAUGCAAUAUUUGCAUUUUGGCAUGUUGUACUCACUUAGGAUAUAGUCUUCUUGGUACGUUUGCAUUUGCUCUCUUCUGAAUUGUGUGCUUCUUGAAGGGAUUGAAUUUUGAUUUGUAAGUUCUUGGUGCUCACAUCGUGAUGCCAUACAGAAAAGGUCCAUUGCACCAUGACACUUUGCUCGUCGGUGCUAGUAUCUUUAUUUUAUUUUAUCUAAUGCUUCAGCAGACAGGGUUUCAACCCAAAAAAAAAAAAAAAAAAA